UGGACUUUUGGAGGAUCCCGAGAAGUUACGUUCAGCGGCUUUCUUCAUUUUCCCACACUUGUGCACUUUCACAAAUAUCAAACAGUUAAUAAACCACUGUUAUUACACAUUUAAUCCUGAAGAAACACUAAAUAGACAAAAUAACACAAGUCAUACAACUUCACUCCUCGCGUUCCCGCCAAAAAGUCCUAACACCUCUAAAGAUUUUUAGUUACCUAUCUAAUAAAGAUAGCACCUAGCAUAGAUAAUACACUUAGUACCUGCGGUAAACGUCAUUGCAAACCAUUUGCAAACUAAUAGAAUAUUCUUGUACGUAAAAACAUUUUUGUUCCAUAACUCCUUUUUAAUUCUCGUAAAUUGUCUGUAAUUUGUGUUUGUGAUGAACGAGAAUCACACGAGAAGCCCGUCUAGCCCUUUGGAUAUUAUUGAUCAAGAGCAGGCCGUGCUGAUGGAUCCUAUUGACCACGACCGCUGUCGAUAUCCGUACUGUAUUGUUUGGACUCCUAUACCUGUUUUAACAUGGUUUUUCCCAUUCCUUGGACAUAUGGGUAUAUCAACAUCCAAUGGAGUUAUCAGAGAUUUUGCUGGUCCAUACUUUGUUUCUGAAGAUUUGAUGGCAUUUGGAAACCCUACAAAAUAUUGGCAACUAUCUCCUCAGAAAGCCAAUAAUGGACAGGCGGGAUGGGAUGCUGCAGUUGCAGAAGCGUCCGAAAUAUAUAAAAAGCGAAUGCAUAUAAUAUUUUACGACAACUGUCAUUCUCAUGUUGCCAAAGCAUUAAACAUCAUGAACUAUGGAGGAAGUCGGAAUUGGAACAUGGUUAAAUUGGCCAUUUUUAUGAUACCAUACUCGAAAUAUGUUAGUGUCGGAGGAUUCCUCAAGACGUGGCUACCUUUCCUUGUGAUCGUGGGCAUCAUUUGCGGGCUCGCUUAUGUGAUAUAAACAUUACAUCGUAAAAGAUGGGAUUGAAUAAUGGGCUUGGAUCUACUUGUCUUUCAAUAGUAUAUAUCCUCGCCUUUAUAAGACUGUUAAAAUACUUUCCUUAAAAAAAAUAUUUUUGUUAUACUUUUUAAAAUGUAUUUAUUAUUUUUGUGGAUGUAAAUAUUUCACAUAAAAUUAUGACAUUUUAGCUGGGGGCACGUGAUACACCCACGCCACUCUGGCUUGUUUCUGAGUAAAGACACAGAAACAAGCCAGAGUGGCGUGGGUGUACAAACCUGUCGAAUUUUCGAAUAAUUUGAGUCCAGUGCUAAAGAAAUAUUGAUAGUACUCAUUAAUGUGAGUUGCAGUUUGAAUUGUAUACUAGUGGUAUAAGGCUGUUCGCGACAAGUCGAUAAGAACGUUCAAGCGAAGUGACGGUAGUCGACUCUUUGGUGUACAACAAAAUUAAAAACUUAGGACACCGAACCGUAUCUAACAAAAUUAUAUUAAAGCGUCAUGGAGGAUGGUGCGAAUUUUACGUUUCUGUUGUUGGGUGAUUUUAAUAAUUAUUCAUAACGGCUUACUGUUUUUGAUUCGAAUUGUAUUCUGGACAUAGUAUUUUUGUUGUUUGUUAAUUUUUUCUAAUACUUAAAUGGCUAAUUCUCGUGUUUGAGAAUAAUUGUUUACCUUUUUAUAUUUUUUGGCGUGACGUAUAGACAAAUCACGUAAUUUUCAAUGUGCAACCAAAACAAAUAAGGAAGCGAAGAAUGCCCUGUGCGGAUUGGCGGGACAUCCUUCCUCCACGACCCGUCUCAUAGCCCAGUUGCCAUGUCGACCUAUCAUGAACUUUAGUGGUUGACUUUUUGGCGGGAACAUGAGGAGAGUAGUUAUGUGAAUUGUUGUAUAAUUUGACUAUGCUGAGGUAAUGCUGGCUUACUAACCAACAAUGGUGAACCAAAUCAAAUUCACUUUUCGGUUUCUUUCAAAAAGUCCACCGAAGUCGCAGUAAAUUCCAACUAUCUUACAGGGACAUUGUUGAAUUUCAUCUAAUCAUAUCAUCACUUUUCAACCGCCCGACUGCAUAAAAAGGGAUUUUCAUAAGAUGCAUUAGGUUUUUUUCAAAUUUAAUUUUUUUAUUGUUGGUAUUUUUGUGGCCGUUGUGGCGGGUAGCCAUCAUACAACGCAAGAUAAUUGACAGAUGCCUGAAUCUCGUCAUAAAUACAUGUGAGUCACCCACAGCCGUUAAGACAAUGUGCAAUAAUAGUGAAUAUCGUAGAUUUUUCUAGUAGUUUAAUUACCUACGCAAACUAUGUUGUAGUUAAGUUACGCAAUCGUUUUGUCAAUAUAAAACUAAUAAUGUGUACUUGAUUCAGUAAUUUUUAAGUCCGAAAAUAUUACAGUAGAAAUGGAAAUUGUCCGUUUCCAAACAUACUCGUUUUUCUACGUAUUUCAAGUCUAGGCGAGGCUUGACCGUACAGAAAUCUUACCUUAUAGCACACAAAACUAUUCUAUUUUUUUUUUUCUACCUAUGCUGAUAGCCUUGAGAGGCUAUUUCAGCUUCGCCCUAACAUGUAAGUGAGCUCACGGGGCUCAAACCGAAGUGUUGCUAACACUGGCCCUACCAAGAGCAAUGCUUCGCAAAAUCUACCACCGGAUCGGAAACGCGACCCACUGAGAAGAUCCGGCGAAAAACUCAGUGGGUUGUGUCUGCGGGAAGAUUCUCUAAUGAAAACACUAUUUGUUCGUCAUGGCUUAAAGGGACGCUUGAUGCAUUCGUAUCGAACGAUGCGACGUUGCCAGUUUCUAUCAGAACCCGAUCCACUACCCUUACAUAACCCCCUUUUGUGAACAAUGAUCCAGCUCACCACUUUUUCUCCGAUUGGUAAAAGCCAGCAAACGGUGUGCUUAGUGCGAGUUUCUUAACGUUCUCGAUAGCGUAAAAGUUAAGCCAAUAUUGUAUGCAGUUGGAACAGCGCCCCUAGCGCCAGACGUACGCCAACAAUCCAAUUCCUUAUAUAGCAUAUGAGCUAACUUUUACGCUAUCGAGAACGUUAAAAAACUCGCACUAAGCACACGGAAGAGCAGCGCGGACGGUUCUCGCUUCUAGCCCUCCCGCAGCCGACUCCCCCACGCGCUCCGUGAUGCACUGCUAACUCGCUAGUAUUUUGCAGAAAAUCGUGGAUUUUGUGUGCUAAAAGAAAGAUAUUUAAUCCCCGAAAGGCCAAGCGGAAGGUACACAUUUUGCGCCAAUGACUUGUUCUUCUUCAAACGAGGCUUGUGGAGAUUACUCGACGGUAGACAGCGGGUUGGCUUUGUCCCUAGCAUUGUUGAAGUCCAUGGGCGAUAUAACCAUUCACCAUCAGGUGCGCCGUAAGCUCGUGGGCCUACAAAGGCAAUAAAUAAAAAACACAAAUAGUAAAUUUAAAAUAUAGAUAAAUCAAUUUAUCAAGUUUAUUCAUGAUGAAUAUUUCAUUGUAGCCAAACAGCCACAGUAGUAUCUCUAUGUGCUGCUAGCAAUACUGAUUGUUUAAUGUUUGAAAGCAAUAAACCUAUGUAAUCUUCCUUGAGUGGCCCGUAAAAAAAAAAACUGUAUUUGGGUCGUCUAUUAUCAAAGGUGGUAAUCUGUGCAUUUGGACAAAAAAAAAUGUUAUUGAUAUGUCAAUACAGAUUGAAUGGAAGAUCAUCGUCUCCUUCAAAGAAUACGGUUCAAAACCUGCAUUAAGUAAAGGUUAAUACUUAACCUGUUAUUUAUCUAAGAUGUCGUUCAGAAGAGUUUUGUGUCUGCCAAUGGAAUACAAAGUCAAUAAUUCGUUUUUCUGAUUUACCAAUAAUUGUCCAAAAGUCACAUUGCCGGCUUUGAUAAUAGUCGACUCAUUUGUAACUCAGAAACCAUUCAGCAGAUACAUAUAACUUUACAGGGUUCUUGUAGUGAAUUGAAAUAUAAGUCACUCUUAAUAUUAUUUCAUAUGCAAAAAUUUAUAAUUUCUGUUUUUUAAUAAAAUCCUUGGCUGUUUCUAUUA